AUGUUACCCGCACGAGCAACACUACAAAUUCCUUCAUUUAUUUUUGCAUUGAUCGGUAUAAUUAUCAAUUUUGUAGCUCUGGCAACACCGGCAUGGCAGGUAGUUUAUAUGCGGGAAUUGCAACAAUGGAUGCAGAGCGGGUUAUGGAUGAAUUGUCAAACGAGGCCAGCUGGAAUGAUCUCCUGUACUUAUUCAUUCACUAAGAGUGAUAUUGAUUUUUAUUCAAGUCCACAAUUGGUCAGCAUUCGAACACCUGCAUUUUAUAGUUGGCAACAUACCUUAUUGUAUAUAUUAUUAUUUAGUCAAUUUUUGGCUCUAUUUGCAAUGAUUUGCUUUUGUUAUUCAUUAAUGGCAGAUGUUAACAAAAGCGCUCAAUUUUUAUUUACCAUUGCAAUUGGCAUUUCUGCAUUAAUCAAUAUUGGCUGUAAUAUAGCAUUUCAAAUAUUUGCUCAUAUGCUGCAGUAUAGAUUCUAUCAUGUUAGCGUUAGUGGUAUCUAUGAGAAGCAUGUUGGUUAUUCGUAUUUUUUACACCUCAUAAGUUCAAUUUUGCUAUUAUUGUCUUUCGUAUUCUCAUUGGCCUAUAUAAUAAUGCUUUAUCGAUCCUCUCAAAGUAACAAUUCAAUACGAGCAAAUCAAAAUGUUUUUUCAGUACAUCAGGCUUAUCAAUAUCAUCAUCCUCAAGAAGAUUUUUUCGCAAUGCGUGCCUUACCUGAACUCCCUCAAAAAUAUCGGAAACGAUGA